AUGGAACAAAUACGCCGGUUAUGUCGACCAACAGAUGUGCCAGAUCAAGGCUUGUUGUGUGACCUUCUUUGGUCUGAUCCAGAUAAAGAUGUUAGCGGUUGGGGAGAAAAUGAUCGUGGAGUUAGUUUUACUUUUGGCCCCGAAGUUGUUUCUAAAUUUUUGCACAAACAUGAUCUUGAUCUCAUAUGUCGUGCACAUCAGGUUGUUGAAGACGGAUAUGAAUUUUUUGCAAAGCGCCAAUUAGUGACUCUAUUUUCUGCCCCAAAUUAUUGUGGUGAAUUUGACAAUGCUGGAUCUAUGAUGACUGUCGAUGAGACCUUGAUGUGCUCUUUCCAAAUACUUAAACCAUCAGACAAGAAGUCUAAAUUCCCUUAUACUGGUGUAGGUCAAAAUCGACCAGUUACUCCACCUCGGGCAGCGCCAGCUGAACAAAAUAAAAAGACUAAAAAGUGAUUUUUUAAUAAAAUAAUUGUGUGUUGUAGGUGUUUCUUUUUUGUUUAGAGUUCGUGGCUUUUUUGAUUCGGGCUGGUUGAGUUUCCAAGGGGUUUUUUGUUGUAGCCUGACAGAGACGGUGGAUUUUCAGGGUUCAAAACUAGGGUUGGAACUCGAACCCGAAUUUAGCGAUCCUAACUACCGACACUGAACUUUUCGAUUCCGAACUUUUCGAUCCUGCAAAUUUAUGUCCGCAAAUUUUUUGCAGACAAAAUUUGCGGACUAGGGUCGGAACCUGAACUUUCGACCUUGACUACCAGCACCGAAUUUUUCGACUUCGAUCCUGCUAAUUUAUGUCCGCAAAUUUUUUUGCAGACAAAAAAUUUGCGGAUGUGGGUAUAUUGGUUAUAGGCGGAAAUCUUGAGUCAAAAAGUUUCGAUCUCGAACAACUCCUAACUUUUCGACCCCCGGAACAUUCUCACGUCGGCCUAGUCCGACUUUGACGAGUUCUCUCCUCUCUCCUGCCCUUGUUGUCCGAACUCUAGAAAAGUGUUUUUAUAUAAAUAUUUUUUUUAUAUAUUUUCCUACCCUCUAUCUUUUUUUUUAUUUUUUUUUCUUCUUACAAUCACACACACACACACCUCCUCUUCGAAUUUUUU